CUGUGGCUGCUUCGGCCGCCGCGGUCGGUCGUAGUCAUGGACUCUCCGUGGGAUGACCUGACUUUGGCCUUUUCUCGCACGUCCAUGUUCCCCUUUUUUGACAUUGCCCACUAUCUAGUGUCCGUGAUGGCGCUGAAGCAUCAGCCGGGAGCAGCAGCAGUGGCAUGGAAGAAUCCCAUUUCAAGCUGGUUUAGUGCUAUGCUCCACUGUUUUGGUGGUGGGAUAUUAUCCUGUAUACUGCUUGCAGAACCUCCACUGAGGUUUCUUGCAAACAACACUAAUAUAUUACUGGCAUCUUCAAUCUGGUAUAUUGUAUUUUUUUGCCCAUGCGACCUAGUUUCUCAAGGCUAUUCAUUUUUACCUGUUCAACUCCUGGCUUCAGGAAUGAAGGAAGUGACCAGAACUUGGAAAAUAGUAGGUGGAGUCACACAUGCUAAUAGCUAUUACAAAAAUGGCUGGAUAGUCAUGAUAGCUAUUGGAUGGGCCCGAGGUGCAGGUGGUACCAUUAUCACAAAUUUUGAGCGGCUGUUAAAAGGAGAUUGGAAACCAGAAGGUGAUGAAUGGCUGAAGAUGUCCUACCCUUCUAAGAUAACCCUAUUGGGGUCAGUUAUCUUCACAUUCCAGCACUCGAAAUAUCUGGCAAUAUCAAAGCAUAAUCUUAUGUUCCUGUAUACUGUCUUCCUUGUAACCACAAAGAUAACCAUGAUGAUUACAGACACAUCUACUAUAACUAUUGCUCCUUUUGAGGACGCGUUGAGUCGGAUGCUCUUUGGCUGGCAGCAGCAGUUUCCAUCAUGUGAAAAGAAAAGUGAAACAAAAUCAUCCCAUAAUGGCACUGGUUCAUCUGCCUCAAAACCUGUAGCUGAUGCUUCAGAUAAUGUUAAAAAGAAACAUUCUAAGAAGACUGAGUAAAUUUACUUGAUGAGCUCUAGAAAGCCAACAAUAUUUUUCUUAACUACUUGUCAGAUUGUGAUAAUAUUUAUGUAAAUGAUGUGAAAUAAAAAUUAUAUAUAAGGAAUGGAGGUGACAAAAGGAAAGACAUUUUUUUUUUUUUUCUGUUUGUUUCAGGGAUCCUACCCUUUUCUGGAUUGUAAUUCUUGAGUGUUGUAAGUGUAUCAUGUGAAUUUGUUUUUCUGAUAUAAAAGAAUAUGUUGUGAUUAUUCAAAUAGUUUUAUUUAGAGAAAAGAAGGCUGCUUUUUUUAAUGUCAGGAAAAGUAAGCCUAUCUUUGUAAAAUAACAAAAAUUUAAAACUUUAAAAAUUUUUAGGUAUUUUCAUACUUAUUUUUUAUUUGAAUCUUUUUAAGUUUUAGUUCAGUGGAAUUAAUCUUCUACUUCACAUUACCAUUAUAGUUGCUAAGUAUGGAAAACACAUUUAAUUUUGAACACUGAGAAGAGUUAAGUAAUCUAGAAACAUUUUAUGUUAUAAAUGAAAAUAAGUCCAUAGUUAAUAUUUCAGAUAUAAACAUUGCAUUGUUUUCCCACAUUUAAUAGAAAAUACCUGAAAUUUUAUUAUAUUUUAUUCCUUUAUUUAGAAAAUUAGCUUAUAUUUUUCCUCCUUAAACCACAUUUGUUUUAACUAUAGGAGAAGUUAUUCUUCUGAGCAUUUCAUAUGUUAUUUCUGAAUUUAGUCUGAAUACAUUGAUGGUAGUGGGUUCAACAAAAGUAUUAUCACAGUUUAAAAUAAUUUUUCCUGGGGCCAGCAGUUGGUGUGGUUAAGAUGCUGGACUCUUUUCCCAC